AUGAUCCCUUGUCUGGCGCAUGUUGAUUGUUACGAUGGCUUGUUGAAGAAGAUGAAAAAUCCGUCGGUCUCAUCGUACCCCGAGAACGAAAGCGCCCCAAUCUUGCCGCGACCCAUGAUCGACCUUUUCGUUGGCCUUCUCAAGGUUGAGAACCCAGACCCCAACGACCUGAGACUUAACCCUGGUAACGCAACACCAGACCAGGUGAAAGGAUUACCCCCGACGACAUUUGGAAUUUGCGGCUUGGAUGCAUUGAGAGAUGAGGGUUUGCUAUACGCCAAGAUGCUUACAGAGGCUGGUGUUCCCACGGAUAUUCAUGUCUACAAGGGCGUUCCUCACGGAUUUAGGCGGUUUGGAGACAAGUUAUCAGCGUCGAAACACUGGGACGAGACUACGGACAGUGGGAUUACUUGGGCAUUGACUAACCCAACGGCCACGGGAGAGUUCAAGAUUCAUGAACAUUAG